AUGUCGUCUCUAAUCUUUUCUUCUCUCAUGCUGCCAACGACCCCAAGCCAAUACCUGCGCUCUCCGUCCCCAGUCGAGUACUUCACCUUCAAGCGGGCCUUUAGACUUACCUAUUUAGCGUCUCACCAACGCGUCACUCUAUUCUCUGUUGAUACCAAUAGAGGAGGAAUGGUAAACGGUGAACCCACCAUCCCCCACCAAGAUACGUUCAAGACCCAAGAUUCGUUCUCUGCAUGCUUACUCGCAUGGACAAGCGACCUACUUUUCAAGAUCCAAAAGGUUUCUGCCCUUGACUGCACCUCAUUACGUGCCAAGCUUGCGCAGAACCUUAGAGAUACUCCAAGUACAAGCUUACCUUCCUUCCAAGUCGUACCUACAACCACGCACGUUCAAGUCAAGAUUUCCCUUAUCGCGUGA